AUGGCCUACCUUGCCCAAAAAUUUCUUCCGUGGGGUAUACCUGAAGAUGCAACGAAACGAGACUAUCUCAGCACUCUCCCUUCUGAAUUUCUGGCCAAAAUCAUCCAAUUAUUACCCGUCCAUACUCUUGGACGGGUGGCUCAGCUUUCUCGAUUCUUCUACGGACUUGCUACUCCAGCUCUCUACAAGGAAGACGCCCGCAGCAAGUGGCCGAUGUCCAUACUUUCGGCAGCAUUAUAUGUCACUACUACAGAAGCUACUGAGAAAUUUGUCAUAAAAAUGUUGGAUCUCGCCGUGACAUAUGGCGGUGAUGUGAAUCGGGUUUAUCGGCGGCGCGAUUCUGGGAGCUUCACGCCUCUCCAUUUGGCUGCUGCCAAGGGGAAUAGAGUGGCAGUUGAAAAGCUCUUACAACUAGGGGCUAAUCCUAAUGCCUUAGGGAAGCAUCUGCUCUACAAUCCACUGUUUUCACAGGGCCCAUCUGCAGUUGCUCCAGGCACCAUUAAUCUUUUACACGUUCUUUCAGCCCGUCAAAGAGAAGAGUUUACCAAUGAUGCCAAACUAAGGUUAUACUUCAGAGAUUACCCUGAGCUUAUCAACGUUCCUAUGAUGGCAGGAUUGACGCCUUUAUUUUUCUCGCUCGAGUGUGGCAACGAAAUCGCUUUCAAAGAGAUCAUGGCCAACGGCGGCAACAUUGAGAAUGUGAACCAGACGGGAAGAACUCCGUUGAUGCAGGCCAUCAUACACUACUGCAGCAGUGAGGACGAAGAGUUGCAAGAGAGGUAUAAGGAAAUUAUUGAGCAUAUGAUUGAGACUUGCAACGCCAAAGUUGGCAAUCUUAACGACGCUAACGUGCUGGAGACACCGUUGAUCUGUGCCAUUAAGGCAAUUCCAACGCCUCUCCCCGUGGAUUGGAAAUAUAUAAUCCGCAACGUUGAUGAGAUGGUCAAACUACUUAUUGACCAUGGGGCAGACAUUAAUGAGCUAUCAAACACGGGAUUCACCUUGCUCCAUGUCCUU